AUGCCUCACAAGCACACUCGCAGGGAGAAAGACCCCUCAACAUUCGAUCUCCCUCCAUCGCAGAUUGCAAAGCCUCUACCGGUCACCUCUUUGAAGCAGAAAGCGCAGGCCGCAAAGUCCGACGAUGCAGACCACAACAAGGCGCCCAAGCGCAAGAGAGGUCAAUCCACGACCGACGAUGUACCCCGCGCCUUUAAGCGGCUAAUGGCCUUUGCUGGGGGGAAGAAAACGAGAAACGGACUCGACGACGGCAAUGGUGCAGGCGGCAAAAAGCAGAAGAAGACCCAGAAAGAAUCUUCCACGACAGAAGAAGAGGUCAGACCUGAUGUACCCACCAUUCGUCCUGGAGAGAAGUUGGCAGACUAUUCUCGCCGUGUCGACGCUGCUCUUCCUCUCAGCGGUCUGGUCACCAAGACGGUCAAAAAUGGAGUAGACCCUCUUGGACUAAAAGUACGCCGAACAAGGAAAGAGAAGAAGAUGCACAAGCUCUACGACGAGUGGAGGGAAGAGGACCGAAAGAUCAAAGAGAAACGGGAAGAAGAGUUGGAGCUUGCUGAAGAGCGCGAGCUGGAGAAUGACGCUCUAGGAGUCUCAUGGAAAGUGGCUUUUGGAGAGGAGAGCAGUGGAGGCAAAAAUAAGAAGAAGAAGAAGAACAAGAGGGGCAGAUAUGUUGGCGAAGCAGCUGAUCGAGAGGAAGAUCCUUGGGAGGAGAUCAAGAAGAAGAGAGGAGAGAGCAAAAUUGGCCUACACGAUGUCGCUCUGGCUCCCCCAGAGUUCAGCAAAUUGCCUCGAAAGAAGAUCACUAUCGGCGGAGCGGUAGUAGAUGUAGGAAGUGUCCCUAAAGCGGCUGGUAGCUUGAGACGACGAGAAGAGCUUCAGGAAGUUCGUGAGCAGGUUGUCGCCAACUACAGGAAGAAGGCCGAAGAAAAGAGAUCGGCACUUCAAGGAUAG